AUGGUCCGCAUGACCAUCAUCAGGGGAGCUAAUAUUCAAGAGUACGGCAUCACUGGACCAGUCGUCUUUUCCCUCUACAUCUCCGUCUCCGCCGCGAUCUUCGCGUUCAUCCUUCUUGAAAUGCGCAUCAAAGCCCCCGGAGCAAAAACCUAUCCCCAGAUUGUGAGAAGCCGGUUCGGCAAGGCUGCUCACAUCACUAUGGUUGCCAUCUUCAUGGCGGCUGACGUGACAAACUACCUCGUUAUCACAAUGAAUGGACUUGACACAAUGCUGGCCGUUUCAGUGGAGCCCAACAGGGCGCGACUCAUCGUCUAUCUCUUCAUCGCCAUCUGCUCCUUCGUGGCUGCUUCUCAGCUUGGAAGCUUCCGCGUUCUCAUGGCCACGAUAGCCGUGUUCAUCCUUGGCUACUGCUCUUUUCUCAUGUUCUCUAUCUUCCAUAACUCAGCCCAGUAUCCUCUUGGAACAAUAGACCGUUUCUACAAGCUUCUGGCGUGCUUCAACGAAACUAUGGCAUACACAGGGUUGAGUCCCUUGUACAGUGGUGGACACGCAUCGGUGUAUGCAGCCAUCCUUACCUCAGCCAUUGUCUGGAGUCAGUUCCUCGUCUGUCAGGCCAACUGGUCCGUAGGAAUCGCCCUGACACCGAAUCACAGCAGCGUCGGCUUCGUUUUGGCUUCUUUUGCUAUCUUCUCCGUCCCCUUCGUUUUAUCCACUUGUCUUGGGCUCGGCUACCUGGCGAUUUCCUCCUCCCUUCGCAUUGAUCCUCUCAUGGUUAUGAAUGGACAAUAUGGCAUGCUGCCCUACGUUGUGCCGAUUAAACUCUUUGGACGUGGGGGCAUGGUGAUGACUUAUAUCCUUGUUGCCGUCCUGACCAUUGUCUCGUGUGCACGCAGCGUCCUGGGUCUCGGCUCGUUAAUUGUUUAUGACGUCCUCGAGGUCUACUUAAAGCCCUUUAAGCGAAAUUUGGGUCCCAAUGUCUGCGUCUUUUGUGAAAAGCACAGGGGCUGCUUCUCUGACAGCAAAAGCUCCUGCCAGUGUUGCAGUAUGCUUGAGUGCACGCAAUGCAACAAAGAUAAUCAAUUUAUGGACAUGUAUAAACGCCGAUGGAACUAUCCAUACACCUGCAAAACUCACGGAGGCUACAGAGGCUAUCGCGAACGUAUUCGCCAAUGCACGAGCGCAAUGCUAGCCUUUAUAUUGGCCCUUUCCAUGCCGAUAGCAUCUCUCGUCGAUGGAGUAAGCAAUUUACAGAUCUGGCUGAAUAUUGCACACACUGUGAUCACAGGCCCGAUGUCAGGUUGUCUUAUACUCACUCUAUUCUGGGCAAGACUUACACGUGGUGGGCUUCUUCAUGGUACCCUCGGGACUAUGCUAAUAUCCGUGUUGACUGUGUUGGUCUACGCGCUUGAGUCGCGCGGUGACUUCGGUGAAGUUCUGCAGGACACUUGGCUACUUGUAGCUGCUAUCGGUAUUGUCGGAGGAUUUUUUGUGCCCACUCUAUGGAGUGGAAUGAGGGCGCCCCAUCUUUCUGCGGAGGAAGAAUUGACGGUUUGGGCCAGCUUGCAAAAUAUUGACAACCCUCUUACUCCCUGGCCUGAACUUUACUCUCAUGAACUAGAUUUGCGCUACUCUCCGCGCCUUAGUGAGGGCAAGGUCGGACUGGCUGAAGUCCGACGCUCGCUGCAAUUGACACGGAAGAUCACAAAAGUGGGGCUGGCUUUGGCCUUUGUUUGGUACAUGCUCUUUUGGCCGUUGCUCACCUUCUCAUCCAAGUACCUCACCUUCGACGGCUUCUUCAUUUGGGAGUUCCUCAUCAAACAUGGCAGCAGGAUAACAGCCAUUGAAGCGUGGAAUGUUUUGGCCCUCCUAUGCUGCCUUCUCAUGCCAAUACGCGUCACUCUGUUCAAGUUAUUCCGAUCGAGCAAAAGUGAGGGCUACGUGCACCUAAAGCCAGAAAGACUCCUUCCGAAACGACAUGCUAAGGACUCCUCCCCCGUAAGUUUCGAUAUUUUUACAGCCGAUAUCCCUUUCCUUUCUCUUAAACCUAAAUAG